AUGGAUAUAUUCAAAACCCCGUCUGUUCAGUCUUUAUUAGACUCUGACUUAGAAUCAGUAGAGAGUCUUCAGUAUUUGGAUAUUGAGGAGCUAGAUGAGAUUGAAUAUGCCUUGCCCGCGAGUGAGGCUCCUACACUAGCUGAAGUAUUAUCCACGGAGGAGGAAGAAGUUCAAAGUAAUGUCACUAAAUAUAUUGAAGAUCCGGCUGCUUGUUCAGCUUUACAAGUGGAAUUUUUGCAGGGUAUAUCACAGCAGCUCUUACAAGCACAAGAUCGGUCAUCAGCGGGUGCCGCAACUGCAUUAAGUGUGGGAAAUGAUUCGAAAUUGACUGUAGGAACAGCACACGGCCAUCUACUUUCAUUUCAUGAACAAACUUUAAGAUGGGUCUGUGAUUUAAACACUGACAGAGGAGCAGUCUCAUGUCUGGCAUAUAAUCAAGAUUGCACACGACUUCUGGCAGGCUAUGCGAGAGGGCUUAUAUGUCAAUACGAAAGUGUUCAAGGCACUAUACUCCGACGAGUCACUUUGGGAGGGGAAUUGUGGGGAACGUUACGUGUCACGUGGGCAGGCCCGUCUGGACUGGCCCUCGACACUGGUGGAUCUGUUUGGUUGAUUAAAUUCUCGCGACCUUUAGGAGUGCGAUCCGCACGUUCUUCAUGUUUGUUUUCUGGAGCUCGAGGAGAGGUUGUAGCAAUGGCGCCGAAAGAUGCUCGCAUUUUAGCACUUGCAACGCUAUCGCGAGUUAUAAUAGUGGCAGGAGGCCGGGCUGCGGGAUUACGUCUAACUGGCCCACCGGAUACUCUCCCUGUUCUAGAGUGGAGCGAAACAGACGAGCGGGUGUUAGUUUGUGGACGUUCUAAAACACUACAAUGGCUGUCACUGACCAUCACCGGAUCAUCUAUAUGUUUGAAACCAAUCCAGAAAGUCGAACUGACGACAACUCCAUUAUGGCUUGGCUGGUUAGGAGGUAAUCUCGCUAUUUUCGACUCAGAUGAGAAUUUAAGGUUGUGGGGGGAUGAUUAUGAUAAACCUUUGGAUCUUUCACAUAUGGAACCAGUUUACGCAUCAUCCUUUUUCAAGGGCCACUGGACAGACGGGCGUGUGUCUCGUGCGAUGUGUACGGCGGGGGUGAGCGCUCUCGGCGGCGCGUGCGUGUCCGCCGGCGCGCUAUCCUUAUUAGGGCGGCGCGGCAUCGUCCGAGUACGGCCGAGACACUUACUUACAAGGGCGCAAGCAUUUUUGGCUUCUGGGCGACACCUAAACGCAUUACGUCUUCUUUGUUCUGCACAGGCAUCAGAAGCAAAAUCCGUAGCUUACCAAUUUAUAGACAACAUUUCUGAAAGACCCUACAUCUUGACUAACAAGCAAGUUGCUGAUCAAACUGUGAAGUUAUGCUUGAAAUAUAAUUUAAGAGAUGAAUUGUGGUCUCGUUUAUGGGAGCAGUGUUCAGAUGAAAAAGCAUUUGUUGAAUCAAUAGCUGAGGCAGCAGCUCGCGGAGAAUUAUCAACCGUGGAGCUAUCACCCUCACCAGAUUCUACUCAGGUUCUGUGUACCUAUAUACCAAAUGUCUUGAGCCAUCAAAAUAUAAUUCAUCAAAACAUACAUCUGAGAUCAGCCUCAGAUAAUCUACUGAUAGUUUAUGGACCUCCUUUACAUGUGAGGAUGGUUUACUAUAGCCUCCAAGUUGCAAGCCGAAUGUAA